UAAUCACUUUAAAAAUGGCGUGUGGGGGUGAAAUGACUGAUCUAACACACGAGGAGGAAGAAGAGGAGAGAAUGCAGCACCAGACGGUUUUACCUGCCCAGACCAGUACCACAACUGACAGCGUGGCGGCGAGCGAACUAGCCAGACACUUGGGACAAGUCUCCCUCGAAUCCAGUCCCAUUCUCAGCGGAGCUGGUUCCAGAGAGGCUAGAUAUACUAGGAAAUUCUCUUUGAGAGAAUUAGAAAUACAACAAACUAUAGGUACAGGUACAUUUGGUCGUGUAGUACUAACAAGAGAGAUAUCAUCAAGGCAGUAUUAUGCACUCAAAAUAAUGUCAAUAGCGGAGGUCAUCAGACUAAAGCAAGUGGAGCAUGUGAACAAUGAGAAAGAGAUACUCACCUCGCUCCAGCAUCCAUUCAUCGUUAAUUUGGCAUGGACGCAUCAUGAUAAUAGGUUCUUAUACAUGUUAUUGGAGUACGUGCCUGGAGGAGAGUUGUUCACUUAUCUAAGAACUGCUCAGAGAUUUGAUAACGCCACGUCAAUGUUCUUUGCUUCGGAGAUAGUGCUGGUAAUGGACUACCUCCACAGUCAGUAUAUUGUGUAUAGAGACCUCAAGCCUGAGAAUAUACUCAUUGAUAGCACCGGACACAUUAAGUUGUGCGAUUUUGGGUUUGCUAAGAGACUAGCUGAUAGGCGUACCUAUACAUUGUGUGGUACUCCUGAAUAUUUGGCCCCAGAGAUCAUUCAGGGCAAAGGUCACGGCAGAGAAGUUGAUUGGUGGGCACUGGGUAUACUAGUCUAUGAGAUGCUAGUUGGGUACCCGCCAUUUUUUGAUGAGCAUCCGUUUAGAAUAUACGAGAAGAUCCUUGAAGGGAAGGUCGACUGGCCUAAAGUGAUCAGUAGCACUGCAAAGGACUUGAUUAAGAAGUUACUGGUGAAGGACGUAACCAGAAGACUAGGAAGUCUUAAGGAUGGUGUUGAUGAUGUCAAGCAGCACAAGUGGUUCCGUGGCGUUGAUUGGGAUGCUGUCCUCAUGAGAAAAUCACUUCCUUUGAUAAUACCAAGGGUUUCUCAUCCCGGCGAUACAAGGAACUUUGAACGCUAUCCUGAAGACGGUUGGUAUAACAUAUUACCAUUAAGAGAUGAGGACAUUGCACCGUUUAAAGAUUUCUAGUAACAAAAAAUAAUAAUAGAUAACUCUUAUUAUUAUUAUUAUUAUUAUUUAUGAAAUGUUAUAUAAUUGCGUCCACUGAAUUCCAUCAUUAUUAUUAUUAUUAUCAUUUUUUUUGCUGUUAUUAUUAUUAUUAUCUUGUAUGAUGUAACAUUUUAAUUAUUAUUAUUAUUAUUUAAGUUUGUGUUUUUCUCUAUUUUUUCCCUUUGCUCACAACAGCCUUGUUUUUCCACACCUUUCUAUUAUUUUUUUUAUUACCAAGCUGAUUAUUAAAGUAUUAUAAAUAUCCAACUACUAUGUAUGGUCAAAAACU